AUGGCGGCGGCUGCGGCUCUUCCAACCUUGCCCAGACUGGUAUUUACCGUCUUCGAGCCCAUUUCACUCGUUGGCGGUUUCCUAGGCGCCGUUAUCAACCCGGAUUGGUUCAUAUCCGAGCAGAUCGUGCAGGGUGCAACCUCGGCCGUGCCAGCUGCAGAAUCUGAUAAUACCCGUCUCGUGGCUCUCCAGCUUGGAAACAUGUACCUGCUCAUGGCCAUGGUUGGGUUAGCCGUGCUCAACCUCACCAGCGAGCUGAGAGUCGUGCGCGGCUACCUCGUUGCUCUUUGGAUAGCCGACAUUGGCCACAUUUACGUAUGCUAUCACGUUAUGGGUCUCAAUCGCUUCCUCGACGUGGCAAACUGGAACUCCAUGGCCUGGGGCAACGCCCUUCUCUGUCUGACCAGGAUGGCUUACCUUUUAGGCCUCUUCGGACAGGAUUCUCCUCUCAAGAAGUCCGAAAAGAAGCAGCAAUGA